CAAAUCUGAGAGUCUCGGUCAGGAGUGUGAGGCGUUAGAGAGACUGGGAGAGGUUUAAAACCAUAAUUAAAGUAAAAUUCUAAUAUUUAUUUAUUUAUUCAUGACGCGGUUUAUGUAGGGAGUUAAUCUGUCCGCCGCAGAGAGAGAGUGUGCGCGUGUAUUAUGCACGUGGCCUUUCCCCGGUGGUGCAGACAGUUUGCCCGCCGCCUCCCGCUCCCUCCCCGUGUCUGUCCCCGAGUCUGUCCCCCUGUCUCUCUGACCGCGUGCAGCAGUAGAUGUGACAUGGCCACGGACGCGGUCAGGAACCGGAAGCCCAAGCCUCCCAAGGACACGCUGCGGCACGUGCGCACCAGGGAGAUCCGCAAGCACGCGGAGCUGCACGGGCCGUCCACCGUGUACGCGCAGGCGGUGGGCGCGGGGGCGCGCGGCAACGGGGCGUCUCUUUACGUUUUCUCCGAGUACAACCGAUAUCUGUUUAACUGUGGAGAGGGAACGCAGAGACUGAUGCAAGAGCACAAAUUGAAAGCUGCUCGUCUGGACAACAUUUUCCUGACUCGCAUGUGCUGGGACACAGUAGGAGGACUUUCAGGAAUGAUUCUCACACUGAAGGACACCGGAGUCCCAGAGUGUGUCAUGUCCGGACCACCGCAGCUGGAGAAAUACCUGAGUGCGAUCCGAGUGUUCUCCGGCCCGCUGGAUGACAUCAGACUGUCAGUGAGACCGUACACCGAGCCCGAGUAUAAAGACGACACCAUGACCGUCACCCAAGUGCCCUUGUUCGCCGAGCAGACGAGUUCAGAUCGGAUGAGGCGUGGCAGUGGUGGGAGUGACAAUGGGCGUGGCCAGAGGAAGGAACUCUGGCAGAGGGACGAGAGUGAGCAGAGAGCGAGCGAUGGCUCAGAAAGUCCUGAGCGCGGAGAGAGGAGCACGCGGGACCCUUCACUAGUGGUGGCUUAUGUGUGUAAGCUGCACCCGAAAAAGGGCAAUUUCCUGGUGCAGAAAGCCAAAGAGCUGGGACUUCCUGUAGGAACGGCUGCCAUCGGACCGCUUAUAUCCGCGCUGAAAGACGGAAAAAGCAUCACAUACGACGGCAAGGAGAUUCACCCAGAUGAAGUGUGCACUCCAGCCGACCCGGGCCCGGUGUUCCUGGUGAUCGACUGUCCUUCUGAAGAGUUCGUUCAGCCGCUGUGCGCCAAUCAGAUUCUUGCAAGGUAUCAGAGCGAUGGCUCAGAGGCUGACGCUGUCCUGGUGGUGCACAUGACCCCGGAGACGGUGCUGAAGACACCGGAGUACCAGCGUUGGAUGGAAAGGUUCUCCUGCACUACAGAACACCUGAUCAUGAACGAGCAGGUCUCCACCAUCCACAAUGUUCGCAGCCACAAGAUCCAAACCCAGCUCAACCUGAUCCACUCAGACAUCUUCCCCGAGCUGCAGCACUACACCUCUCAGGAGUCUCAGGCUGCACUGCACGUGCCCAACAUCAGAGCAGAGUGUCUCCUGAAGUUUCAGCUCAGACCCAAAGCCGAGUGGCAGAGAGAUGCCAUCCCCACCUGUGACCGAGAGGAAUUCAUUAAGGAGGCGACGGAGGUGCCGAAUUUCCUGCAUGAAGUGGAGGAGUGUAAACACUUCCAGACCACGGACUCCGCCGUUCGCUCUGGAAAGGGAGAGCGGUACCCCGAGGUUGUGUUUUUAGGCACAGGAUCAGCUCUACCCAUGAAAAUCAGGAACGUCAGCGGCACUCUGGUUAAUAUCAGCUCCACCCAGUCUUUGUUGUUGGACUGUGGAGAAGGCACAUUUGGACAGUUGUGCCGGCAGUACGGUAACGGCGUGGAUGAAAUGCUGACCAAGUUGUCCACGGUGUUUGUGUCUCAUAUACAUGCUGAUCAUCACACGGGAAUAAUUAACCUGCUGCUGCAGAGAGAGCGUGCUCUGAGGACUAUGGGUAAACCCUUCACUCCUGUGUAUCUGGUAGCUCCUGCUCAGAUCAUGACGUGGCUCAAUCAGUACCAUAAUCACUGCCAGGAGAUCCUCAGCCAUAUCAACUUCAUCCCUGCAAGGAGUCUCAGUGAGGGAGCUGAAGUACCAAAGUUCAAGACCAAAUCCUUCAUUCAAGCUGUGCUGAAGAGAAACGACCUCACUAAGUUUCAGACAUGUUUGGUACGGCACUGUAAGAAUGCGUAUGCCUGCAGUUUGACCCAUCAGUCUGGCUGGCAACUCGUUUUCUCCGGAGACACCAUGCCAUGUGACACACUCUCACAAAUGGGAAAGAAUGCGACAUUGCUUAUCCAUGAAGCAACACUGGAGGACGGGAUGGAAGAGGAGGCCAUGGACAAAAGACACAGUACGACGUCUCAGGCCAUCGGUAUCGGGAUGAGUAUGAACGCUGAGUUCAUCAUGUUGAACCACUUCAGCCAGAGAUACGCCAAGAUCCCACUGUUCAGCUCUGACUUUAACCAGCGCGUGGGCAUCGCCUUCGACCACAUGAGAAUCCGGUUUGGAGAUUUCCGUAUUCUCCCGCGCCUCCUGGCUCCCCUGAAAGCCCUGUUUGCUGAGGAGAUUGAGGAAAUGGAGGAGAGGAGAGAACGGAGAGAGCUGAGGGCGGGAAAGAGUGUUGGGGCAGAGUCGGAGGGACAGACUGGACAAGGGGGAGGGGCUAAGCGAGAGAAUGAGGCGAAAAAUGAGCCUGACCAGGAAAUCGCUUCCAAACGAAUGAAGGCUAACUGAACGUGCAUGAGGGAGGAGCUUUGGAUACGAUCCAGCCAACCGGAACCGGAUGAGGCUAAGGAUUUCAGCCCAUUAGAGCUGGACUAGUGAAGUGUCAGGCCAAGGAUACAGGGAUGGUGAUAAAUAAAAUAAAAUAAAAUAAAGGAGCUGCAGAUGUUCUGUAUUUUGAGUGAUGAUAAUACUCAUUUAUUUUCCUAAUUAAUUUAUAUUUUCU